CCGUAUUCUAACGAAUUUGUGGAUUACGAUCAAACUAUCGCCACUGAAACAGUCUACAUUUUUCCAUUCUUUUUUUUUUGGCGAAUUUUUGGUCGAUGUUGUAAAAUGUGUUUUUGGGCUAUUUCAGAAAUAUUGUACCUUUGCUAUUUUAGGCGACCUUAACGCUCUCUAUUGACGGUACGCCGACUUACCUUUCUGGCAACCCUGGUCUACUAAGUACCUUGCCGUCUUGCCGUCAGACUGUCGGAGAAGCAGUCUCAGCACAGCACGCAGGCCGUCAGCACGCCUGUACGGCUGUACGCGAUAUUUCGCGUCUUCAAUAUAGUUUCAAAGAAUAAAAUCAGCGAACCAGCAGGCCAAUAUUAUUUUUUUACGUACUACUUCGGGAAAUUUCGUCAGGUAUAUUUUCCUGUUAAACAAAAAUGUUUUCUUUAACAAAGCUGGCAUACAACUGGUGCAAUGGGGAAGAAAGGUCGGUCUACAACGAGUUGGAAACGUUGGAAAUAAGCGUUAGGCCAUGUUGCCUACUGUUGAUACUCUACCUUAGGGCAGAAAAUGCUGACUAUGACGUUACCAAUGACGAUCAAAUGUUUAUUGCAGCCCAUCAAUCAAUCAGUGAAGAGGCCGCAACAAGUGGACACGUUCGGUGUUUGGCGUUUGCGGAAGGCCGCGGGUUCCCGUGGACACGUGCGAUAUGUGUCCUGUCCGCAGCCCAAGGACAGCUGGACUGUCUGCAAUACGCACGCGACCGUGGCUGUCCGUGGAAUGUUGAGGUGUGUAGUAAAGCCGCGGCCAAAGGUCAGCUGGCGUGCCUACGCUACGCUCACGAAAACGGCUGUCCGUGGGACUACACGACGUGCGAAGCGGCUGCGGCUGGUGGCCACCUCGACUGUCUACAGUACGCCCACGAAAACGGCUGUCCAUGGGAUUACAUAACGUGUGAGGUGGCCGCAGCUGGAGGCCACCUCGACUGUCUACGCUAUGCCCACGAAAACAGCUGUCUGUGGGACUACACAACGUGCGAAGCGGCUGUGGCUGGUGGCCACCUCGAUUGUCUACAGUACGCCCACGACAACGGAUGUCCGUGGGAUUACAUAACGUGUGAGGUGGCCGCAGCUGGAGACCACCUCGACUGUCUACAGUACGCCCACGAAAAUGGCUGUCUGUGGGCCUACCUGACGUGCGAGGCGGCUGCGGCUGGUGGCCACCUCGACUGUCUACAGUACGCCCAUGACAACGGAUGUCUGUGGAACUUCACGACGUGUGAGUCGGCUGCGGCUGGUGGUCACCUCGACUGUCUGCAGUACGCCCACGACAACGGGUGUCCGUGGGAUUACAUAACGUGCGAGGUGGCCGCAGCUGGAGGCCACCUCGACUGUCUACAGUACGCCCACGAAAACGGCUGCCUGUGGGCCAACACGACGUGCGAGGCGGCUGCGGCUGGUGGCCACCUCGACUGUCUACAGUACGCCCAUGACAACGGCUGCCUAUGGGCCAACACGACGUGCGAGGCGGCUGCGGCUGGUGGUCACCUCGACUGUCUGCAGUACGCCCACGACAACGGGUGUCCGUGGGAUUACAUAACGUGUGAGGUGGCCGCAGCUGGAGGCCACCUCGACUGUCUACAGUACGCCCAUGAUAACGGAUGUCUGAGUGAGGUGGCUGCGUCUGGAGGCCACUUCGACUGUCUUGAGUGGUGGUGACCAAGUACGGCCUGCGGGCGAAAUCUGGCCUCCCAAAGUAUUAUUAAGAGGACUUUACACCGACAUUUGUUUUCUCCGUCUUCCUAGUGUGUAACAUAUCAAAUUUUACGCUCAGCAAAUCACGUUUAGUUCCGUUAGUUUAAAAGUUUUGGAGUGAAUACACCUCUUAUAUACAAUUUAAAGGUAAGAUUAUUAUCUAGACAUUGUCAUAGACUAUUUAUUAUAUUUUAAUUUUAAAGCGAGCUAUAAGUAUUUACAAACU